AUGUCUCACUUGAUUACCUUAGCCACAUGCAAUCUGAACCAGUGGGCACUAGACUUUGAAGGGAACAGAGACAGAAUCUUGGAAUCGAUCCGCAUCGCCAAGGAAAAGAAUGCAAAACUGCGCGUGGGGCCUGAGUUGGAGGUCAGCGGGUAUGGAUGCCUCGAUCAUUUCUUAGAGGAUGACGUAUAUCUGCACUCGUGGGAGAUGUACGCGCAGAUUCUGAAGGACGAAAAGACGCAUGGGAUAUUGCUUGAUAUUGGUAUGCCUGUGGUACACAAGAACGUGCGGUACAACUGUCGCGUACUCUCUCUGGAUGGACAUAUCCUGUUCAUUCGUCCGAAGCUGUGGUUGGCGAACGAUGGCAACUACCGCGAGAUGCGGUUUUUUACGCCAUGGAUGAAACCAACGGUGGUGGAGGAGUUCCAGCUACCCCCUGUGAUCCAGAAAAUCACUGGGCAGCAUAUAAUUCCUUUCGGAGAUGCAGUUAUCAGGACGCUUGAUACUUGUAUUGGUGCGGAGACGUGCGAAGAGCUAUUCACGCCUCAAUCGCCGAACAUUGCCAUGUCACUUGAUGGAGUAGAAAUUAUCACUAAUUCCUCGGGAUCGCACCACGAGCUGCGCAAACUGCACAAGAGACUAGAUCUAAUACUGGGAGCGACUGGGCGUUGUGGCGGUGUCUAUCUGUAUGCGAACCAGCGAGGCUGUGAUGGAGACAGAUUGUACUACGAUGGUUGCGCGCUCAUUGCUGUGAACGGCCGAGUUGUGGCCCAAGGCUCGCAGUUUUCGCUGAGGGAUGUCGAAGUGGUUACUGCAACUGUAGACUUACAAGAAGUGAGAGAUUACCGGAUGUCUGUGAUGUCGCGAGGGUUGCAGGCAGUAUCGAAUAACGUGACUUUCGAACGUAUUCAAGUACCUGUAGAACUGGCCGCGAUGCAAGAUAGGUUCAAUCCUACGAUUAACCUGACGAAGGCGAAAGCCCCAUACUAUCACAGCCCAGAGGAAGAGAUUGCGCUGGGCCCAGCUUGUUGGUUAUGGGACUACCUACGUCGUUGCAGAGGAACAGGCUAUUUUCUUCCACUAUCUGGGGGCAUUGACUCAUGUGCCACUGCUGUAAUUGUGCACUCUAUGUGUCGGAUGGUUGUCAAGGAAGCAUCUGAGGGUAAUCUGCAAGUAAUUGCAGAUGCGAGAAGAUUGGCUCGUGCUAGCGAUGACUGGAUUCCAACCGAUGCACGUGAAUUUGCAAAUAUGAUAUUUCACACUUGUUUUAUGGGAACAGCAAACUCCACAAAUGAGACUCGCAGUCGGGCAAAGAAACUUGCGGAACACCUUGGAGCAUAUCACGUUGAUCUAAAUAUGGACUCUGUGGUUAAAAGUGUAGUAACCUUGUUUGAGGUUACCACCGGGAAGCGACCAAUAUUCAAGGUUUUUGGAGGGAGUAACAUAGAGAACUUGGCAUUGCAAAAUAUUCAAGCCCGGUUACGCAUGGUGCUAGCCUAUCUAUUUGCGCAGCUGCUUCCAUGGGUCCGUUCUAUUAAAAACUCCGGGGGGUUGCUUGUUCUGGGCAGCGCUAACGUUGAUGAAUGUCUAAGAGGUUACUUGACUAAGUAUGACUGCUCCUCAGCAGACAUUAAUCCUAUUGGAGGGAUUUCAAAGAAGGACUUGAAGAAUUUUAUCUCUUACGCUUCCAAGGAGUUUGAUCUACCGAUAUUGAGAGAAUUUGUGGAGGCUACUCCUACCGCAGAAUUGGAGCCUAUAACGGAAGACUACGUGCAGUCUGAUGAAAGAGACAUGGGCAUGACUUAUGAGGAAUUGAGUGUUUUUGGAUACCUGCGGAAGGUUGAAAAGUGUGGCCCAUACUCCAUGUUCCUCAAACUGUUACACGAAUGGACUCCCCGGCUGACACCAUCAGAGGUCGCUGAGAAGGUCAAGAGGUUUUUCUACUUUUACGCCAUUAAUAGACAUAAGCAGACCGUUCUAACUCCGAGCUAUCACGCCGAGCAGUAUUCACCUGACGAUAACAGGUUUGACCUACGUCCUUUCCUAAUUGAUCCAAGGUUCUCUUGGGCAUCCAAGAAAAUUGACCUUGUAGUCAAACAGUGUGAGGGGGGUCCUUCUACCACGCAGCUUGAUGUCAUGUCAGUCGAUUAG